CUGAUCGACUCACAGGAGAUGGAAGACGCGCCGCUGAAUACUUAAACUAUUAUCUAUUAAUUUUCCUAUGAAAAGACUAAUGCCUAAUUUGGAUUUAAAAAGAAGCACCAGCAGCAAGUCUCAAUUUUUCUCAGGGGAUAUAUGGUUGAGAUAUAAGAAGAAGAAGAAGGAAAAGGAAGAAGUAUUUGCUUGAGGCGUGAGGACUACCAUGGCUAAUCAUGCCAAUGCGAUUAAUAAAGUUAAAAUAUUAGUUGUUGGAGAUUCAGGUGUUGGAAAAUCAUCACUGGUCCAUCUCAUCUGUCAUGGGCAGGCAUUAAGUAAUUCAUCAUGGACAAUUGGAUGUAGCGUUGAAGUCCGUGUCCAUGAGUACCGUGAAGGAACUCCAAGUCAGAGGCCUUACUUUGUUGAGCUGUGGGAUGUAGGGGGCAGCAAUUCGCACAAGAAUGCAAGACAUGUGUUCUACAAUCCUGUGCAUGGCAUCAUCCUGGUCCACGACUUGACAAACCGCAAGUCACAGCUGAACCUCCGUCGCUGGCUUUCGGAGGUCCUUAUCAAGGAAGGCGGUGGAACCAAGGCACGAACUCCGCUGGUGGAGGAGUUUGAUGCAGAACAAUUCGGGGGGUUUGCUCAGGUAUAUGGUGUGAAAAAGGUAGCUAUUCUAUGCUCAUUUUUUUCCCGGUUUUCUCUCUCUUAUCUCGCCCUCCUGGGAGCCUGGGGUAUAUGUAUGUCUACGAGGGGUAAGCUUGAAUUUUGUAGGUGGCUGUUGUUGUUUUGCUUUUCAUUAGUGUGUUUUCCUAGUGUUAAAUGUUUAGAGUUUUUUGAUUUAUUGUAUACUAAUAUAACCUUUUUGCUAAUAUGUUUAUUUAAUAAUGUUCUUUAGUUUGAUAUCCAU